CCCCCCCCUCUCUCUCUCUACCAGAAUCAAAAGAGAGAGAAACAAAAAUCUUACUAUCUCUCUCUCCUCUCAUUAAUUGCGACUUCCAAACGCGGAAUCCAAUACCCAAAUCCUUAAAUACAAUUAAAUUAGUAAGAAAAACAGAGAAAAAAAAAAGAAAAAAAAAUCGAACUCCCCCUCCCUUCAGUGAAGAAGAAGAAGAAGAAGAAGAAGAAUUGUGUGUUUGUAUGGUUUGAAUCUGUUUGUUUGUUUGUUCAGAAUAAUGGCUUCAGCUUCGAUAUUUUCAUCAUUGAGGAGAAGAAAAUCACCAACAACAGAAACAUUAUUAGCACCAGACAAACUCAUCAACGACGCUAAUCUCAUUCAAACCUUAGUUUCAAUAUCAACUGAAUUAAUUUCAUCAUUUUCAGUUCAAUCUUUUCAAUAUCAGAACAAAAACUCUAGAUCUUUAAUUCGUAAGAUCCAGAUUUUUGUUGUAGUUUUUGAGUACUUAAACGAUAAUCCCAGAAGAAAACUUUCAUCUACUUCUAUCCUAUGUUUUAAAGAAUUUUAUUUGUUAUUAUAUCGAUCUAAAAUUUUACUUGAUUUUUGUUCUUCUACACAGUCAAGUAGUAGAUUGUGGUUAUUGUUACAAAAUUCUUCGCUUUCUGGUAAUUUCCACGACUUAAAUCAAGAAAUUUCUACUCUUCUUGAUGUUUUCCCUUCGCGGGAAUUGGGAUUGAAUAUUGAUAUUAGAGAACAGAUUGAGCUACUUCAGAAACAAUCUAGAAGGUCUAAGUUGUUUAUUGAUCCGAACGAUGAAAGGAUUAGGGUUCGGCUUUUUGGGUUUCUUGAUGAAUUUGAGCAGGGAAAUGUUCCUGAUGAAAUCGAGCUGAAAUCAGUUUUUGUAAAAGAAUUAGGGAUACGAGAUGCUAAGACUUGUAGAGGUGAAAUUGAAUUUCUUGAAGAACAGAUUCAUACUCAUGAUGGUGAUGUUGAACCAAUGGUGUCUGUUCUUAAUGGAUUUGUUGCAUUAACUAGGUAUUGCAGAUUCUUGUUAUUUGGGUUGGAGGAAGAAGAGGAAGAUGAAAAGGAAGGAACGGGUUCGGGUUCAUUUAAUAAGCAAAGAACAAGAAAGAGACUACUUUCUCAAGAGAUUGGGGAUAUGGCGAUUACAGUUCCAAAGGAUUUUUGUUGCUCAAUUUCUUUAGAUUUGAUGGAAGAUCCAGUUACUGUCUCUACUGGACAAACGUAUGACCGUUCUUCAAUAUUGCGUUGGAUGGAAGAUGGACAUUGCAGUUGUCCUAAAACAGGACAGAUGCUUACGCACACUCGUCUUGUACCGAAUAGAGCUCUUCGAAAUCUAAUUUCAAAGUGGUGUGAAGCUCAUAGUAUUCCUUAUGAUGCACCAGAGAUAACUGAUGCAUCUCCCGAGACGCUUGCUGUAGUUGAAUUUACUAAAGCUGCAAUUGCAGCUAAUAAAGCCACAGCAGAGCUUCUUGUUAAUCAGCUCUCAAAUGGCUCACAAGGAGCUAAAACAGUUGCUGCUCGCGAGAUUCGGUUACUGGCAAAAACUGGGAAGGAGAAUCGUGCUUGCAUAGCAGAGGCCGGCGCAAUCCCACUUCUUCAUAACUUACUUCCAUCGAAAAACCCAAUUGCACAAGAGAAUUCGGUAACUGCACUUCUCAACUUGUCAAUUUUUGACAAGAACAAGAACAGGAUAAUGGACGAGUUUGGUUGUUUAAGAUCAAUUGUUGAUGUUUUAAGAUUCGGGCUCACAGUAGAAGCAAGAGAGAAUGCUGCUGCAACACUUUUUAGUCUCUCAGCAGUUCAUGACUAUAAAAGAAGGAUCACAGAAGAGGAAGGUGCAGUGGAGGCUUUGGCAGGGUUAUUGAAAUCAGGAAGUCCAAGAGGAAAGAAAGAUGCUGUAACAGCACUCUUUAAUCUGUCCACCCAUGUAGGAAAUUGUAGGAGAAUGAUUGACGCAGGUGCUGUUGCAGCAUUAAUCGGGGCCUUGGAAACUGAAGGGGUUGCAGAGGAAGCAGCAGGUGCAUUAGCUUUACUUGUAAGACAGCCAAUUGGGGCAGAAGCAGUGGGAAAGGAAGAGAUGGCAGUGGCCGGUUUGAUUGGGAUGAUGAGGAGAGGAAGCCCUAGAGGGAAGGAGAAUGCCGUCGCAGCAUUACUCGAGUUGUGCAGAAGUGGUGGGGUAGUUGCUACACAGAAGGUAGCCAGAGCUCCUGCAUUGGCGAGCUUGCUUCAAAGUCUCUUAUUUACAGGGACAAAACGGGCUAGACGAAAAGCAGCAUCACUUGCUAGGGUUUGCCAGAGAUGUGAGGCUGCAACAUUGCCUAUGGGACGAUGGGGUGUCGAAUAUUCAAUCACAAGCAAUUCCACAACUAAUCAUGGUUCAAGUUUUGCUGGGGAUGUUAGUGUACCCUUGUCCAUAACCGUAAGCGUUUUGUAGCAGCAAUUCAUCAGUACAUUGUCAUUGUGUCAACAAUUACACAUUCUUUUGAUGUUGUUGUUGGCAUCAUUCAAAUAUUCUUUCAUUAUAUGUAAGAGGGGUGGAAAAAAGAGAGUAAAAGGAAUACAAUACAUGAUCUAUUUUUCAAACUAUAAUGUGUCUUGGUGUUUUGGCUUGUGCUAGCUCAGUAUAGUAAGAAAAUGGCAACGAGCUCAUCUAAAUGUUUAGGUGAUUGUAUAUGGAGUGGAAACAAGAAAUUUUGCUUGGUUUAGAUAA